AUGGAACCUACAGUAAAUUAGUUCUAAAUCAACUAAGAAGAUUCAAAAGAAAAAGAAGCUGCUUAAAUCAUGAGCAUCGUUACUUUUGAAAUCUUUGGAACUUUGUUAUUAAUUUAUGGGGCUUUAGCGGCUGAGUAAAAUAUUAAAAUCUAUGUAGAAAUAAUUUUGGAUUAUCUCUCAUUUAUUUUACAAGUUUAAUUUUGUUUGGUCGCUUAAGUGGAGGAUAUUUCAAUCCAAUUUGCACAUUAAUUGGAUUUAUAGAUGGAACUAUUAAUAAAAAAAAAACAGUUUAUUUUGUUGGAUCUCAAAUAUUUGCAAGUUUGAUUGCUGGAAUGUUUUUUACGCCUUUAUUUGCAAAUCUCCCUACAUUACCUUAUAAUGAAGAGUAAAUUAAUAUAAUUAAUUUUAGAUUACCAACUAAGUAAAUAUUAGGUACUAUUUUAUCUGAAAUUGCUGGUUCUAUUAUUUUCUUUACUUUUAUUUAAAUUUAAACAGCUGAAAACACAAAAAUUACUACUUCUUAAGUUUAAUCAGCAGCAUUUAUUAGUGUUAUUUAUUUUGUAGCCAGAUAGUAAUAAUAUAUCUAAUUAUUUUAGAUAUACUGCAACUAUGGGAAAUAGUUUAUUUAAUCCAGCAGCUGCAUUUGGGUAAACAUUUUAACAUAUGUUUAUAGCCUAUAAAUGUUUUAUGGAAUUUAUUAUGGUAGAUGGAGUUAGAUGGUAAAUUUAUUAAUAUUUAUCAUUGGCCCAUGGAUUGGAUCGCUUAUAGCAAUAACAUUUUAUUGGAAGAUUUAUACUCCAACAUUAGUUAAUAAAUCACCAAGUUGAAAAAAUUAUAAUUAC